AAAGCAUUAAUGCAAGAGUAAGUGGAUACUAGAAGCAAUGGGGACAUUUAAAACACAGAUGUUGUGGGAAGCCAUCAGGAAGGGUGACCUGACAGGAACAAUUGGUCUUCUAGAGAGUGGAAACAUUAACCUAGAGGAGAGGGAUGGAAAUGGCCAGACAUUCCUGAUGUUGGCUUGUGAGUUUGGGGAGCUGAAUAUAGUCCGGGAACUCCUCGAGGCACAUGUGGAUCCAAAUGCUGUAGACAUGGAUAACUGGAGUGCACUGUUAUAUAGUGCAAAGGAAGGACACCUGGAGAUUGUAAUAGAGUUGUUAGAGAGAGGGGCUGACAUUGAGCACAAGGAUAUGUGUGGCUGGACAGCUCUGAUGUGGGCGUGUUACAAGGGAAAGUAUCUAGUGGUUCAGGAACUUCUGGAAAGGGGAGCAAACUGCAACAUUAAAGCUGAGAUGAACAUGACUUGUUUGGCCUGGGCAGCUGGACGUGGUCACACUGAUGUGGUGAAGAUUCUGAUUCAGAAAGGAGCCAAAGUUAAUACACCAGAUAAAUACGGCACCACCCCUCUGAUCUGGGCCUGUAGAAAGGGAUAUCUCGAAAUUGUGGAAACCCUUCUUAAUGAAGGAGCAAACACUGAUGUCGUGGGGAUGAAUUCCUGGACUGCUUUGUUGGUGGCAGCUAAGGGUGGAUUUACUGAAGUUGUUCAUCAGUUACUGGAGUACGAUCCCAAUGUUAAUGCUGUAGACAAGGAUGGAUUUACGGGCUUGACGAUCGCAGCUAAAGAGGGAUACACUGAGAUAGCUCAUGAUCUUCUCUCAAAAGGAGCCUACGUUAACAUUAAGGAUCGGGCAGGGGACACGAUUCUGAUCCAUGCAGUGAAGGGCGGCCAUAUUGAGGUAGUCCGAGCUCUGAUUGAUAAAUAUGCUGACAUUGAUGAAAUUGGAGCGGAGGGUAAAACAGCUUUAUAUUGGUCAGUAGAGAAGGGUUAUGUAGAAAUCUGUAAACUGCUGCUUAACAACGACCCUGACCUGGAAAUCGCCAACAAGGAUGAAGACACCCCUCUAUUGAGGGCAGUAAGAAGUCGUAAUGAGCCGUGUGUUAGAUUGCUACUAGACAAAGGGGCCAGAGUGUCAGCUGUAGACAAGAGAGGUGAUACAGCACUACAUAUCUCCCUGAGAGCCAGGAGUAAGCGAAUCACUGAGCUUCUUCUUCGUAACCCUAGGAACAGUCGUCUCCUAUACCGACCCAACAAGGCUGGAGAGACUCCCUACAACAUUGACGCAUACCAUCAGAAAGGGAUACUUACCCAGAUAUUUGGUCACAGAAAUUUAAAUGCUAAUGAUGGCGAGAAUUUACUUGGGUACGAGGUGUACAGCAGUGCCUUGGCAGACAUCCUGAGUGAACCCUCCCUCAACACCCCGAUUACAGUGGGGCUGUAUGCCAAGUGGGGGAGUGGCAAAUCUUUCCUCCUCAGUAAACUACAAAAGGAGAUGAGAACUUUUACCCGAGCUAACAAAGAGGAUCACUUUACCUUCAGCUGGACUCUGUUUAUCAUUCUACUCCUACUGAACAAUUUAGUGGGGCUUACCCUGGCCAUGACUGUGGGGUGGGAGGUUGGCCUAGGGGUAGGGCUUGGACUGUUCUUGCUAGAUUACUUAUUUCUGGGCGUUCUUUACCUGCUUUGUCACCGGUACAACCUGAAGUAUGCUAACCGCCUUAGUCUGUUACUCGGCAGGAAGAUCCAGGUGACCACCUCCCUUCUACAGGUCCUCUUCCUCAACUCCAAACAGGUGUCAACCUCUUCUAAAUAUGUGGAGCCCUCCGUCAAGUUUCUGUUUUCUGAGGGCACUAAGCUGACCAGUGUGGGAGGGGAGAAGGCCCUGGCAGCAAUGAUUGGAACCCUUGGAGAGGCCUUGGAACAAGAGUAUGGGUCAGUGGUGGCCAGACUGUUCAGAGUCUUCAAACCUCACCCUGACAAGCCAUAUACUGGUCGGUUUAAGACACUGUGCUGUGUGCCCUACUUUGUGAUAGUCUAUCUGGUUUGUCUGGCCCUGGAAAUUGGAGCAUACCUACUGGUCUCUCACUUUGCCUUUAAUCAGUUUACAAAUAAGGAUCCCAUUUACAGCAAUACUACAACUGUAUCUGUCACACACAAUCAAGUGGAGGAGUAUCCAGCUCUGUUUGGGGUUCUUUUCUCCAUCGCUAUCAUUGUGGGACUCGCGAUCAUUGGUAACAUCUACACCUGGGGACAGGCCAUUCUCGCCCUCCUCUCAUCACAGAGAAGACGAAUCAUGAAGGCUGCGGAUAGAAUCGACAAGAUUAAGGUGGAUGGUCUGAUGCACAUUCUGAAGUGUGAGGUGGAUUUAAUGGCUAAGAUGGUGACAUUCAUGGACAAGUUUACAGAGAACCAGACAAGGCUGGUGGUGAUAGUCGAUGGACUAGAUAGCUGUGAGCAGGACAAAGUACUGCAUGUGCUGGACAUUAUAAAGGCUCUCUUCUCUGAUGAGGACUCCCCUUUUAUAACACUCCUUGCUAUAGACCCACACAUCAUUAUUAAAGGCAUUGAGAGUAACAUAAAGACUGCCUUCCAGGACUCUAAUGUUAAUGGUUAUGAUUAUCUGAGGAAUGUGGUGCACCUUCCGUUCUAUCUACAGAGUCAGGGGAUGGCCAUUAAAAAGCAGGAUAUGGCCAAGAGUCCAUCCACAUUUGAAGUAUCUGGGAAUCCUGAGUCUCCAUCCAAAACGAGAAGGAGUUAUCAGCAUCAGGAGUCUGUAGUGUCAGGCUAUUCGACUGGAGAGCUGUCCAUGGAUAAGACCCGUCGCCAGCGCCAGUCCAGUGUGUCUCACUCCUACACAUCCUCCAUGGAUCUCACUAACACAGUUACCAAGACGGACUACUUCAGCGACAUCAACCCUCGCAGCAUGAGGAGACUGAUGAACAUUGUAGCAAUUACAGCACGUCUUUUGCGGGCCUACAACAUAGACUUUAACUGGCACAGAUUGGCUGCCUGGAUAAACAUAAUAGAACAAUGGCCGUAUAGAGUAUCCUGGAUCAUCAUUUACUUUGAGGAGAACGAGAUUGUAGAUCAUAACACUACACUCCUGUCUCUGUAUGAAAAAGUGGAAGAUAAAAUCCCAGUGUCUAAGGAAAUCGAUCCUCUUCUAGAAAUAGACAGGAAUCCUCGAAAGAUGGAGGCCUUUUUAUCGAGCAAACUGAGUAACAACACAUUGCUGAAUGUGAAGGAUCUGAGAAAGUUUCUACCAUGUACCAUCAACCUUGAUCCCUAUCUCAGGAAGCUGAUCAGAGAGAUGCAGAAGAACAUGGACUCCCUACAACCAAAUUUUCCUCUGGGUCCCAUGAACUUUCCUCCCCCUGCUGGUACAGCCCCCACCCCAACAAGGAGAUCUGAAGUCCAGAGACACGUUCAGCAACCUUUUGUCCCCAUGCCUCAGAUGUACCCACAACCUAGACUUGAUCAGAUAGGCAGAAUGCAUCCCAUGAUGCCUUACAACAUGAUGCCAUUUUAUCAACAGGGAUACAUGGAUGCUCCUUAUCUGUCUGGUGGUACGGCUCCCUCUACUGGUCGAGAUACACAAAAGGGCAAGGGGGUGGAUCCAGAAUCUGCCAUUCAGAACUACCGUGACCAGGCCUUGAGUACUAUGACAGUGGAGAAUGUAUGUAACCUGAUAGAAAACAUCAAAGGUCUCAAUCCACAACAGGUGCAGGCGUACCAGAAUCGUAUUGUUGACAACAACAUCUGCGGUAUGGUCCUGUCCACGUGUGAUGUGGAGGAACUUAAAGGGGUGCUUGAGAUGAAGUUUGGAGACUGGCAAUUGUUCAAAUCAGUUUUGAUUGGGCUCCGACAACGAGAGAUGACCCAUGAAGAAGUAGGACAGUUUGAACCAGGUUUUAAUAAAGAUGGCAACGAAGCUAGUGCUGGAUUUGAGUCUGCCAGUAGUCAAAGCAGCAAUGGAUUUAGUCAGUUCUCAGAAAGGAGAGUGGACAAAAAAGGUGGGCAGGAACCCUUUCCCCAAAUAGUGAAGGCAGAAAUCUCUACUCCAAGGAUGAAUCGUAUAGAUAGUGCCUACCAGCAGGUGGCGUUCGAGACUGGUCUGCUGAGGGAAGCCAUGAACAACUUUACAGAGGAAUUGGAGGAAGAUCAGAUGCGACCGAACGUGUCAUUUGCACUAGACACCAAAGGGCCAUCACUAGAUGACAUGGAUGAUGGCAGUAACUUCAGCGAGAGUCAACCAUUACUGAGGAUGAGGCCAUCGAGCCAGGUAUUCAGCGACAGCCGACGUAAGGAGUCCCUGUGUGUGGUGCAUGAGGCUGAGGAACACGAGGCCCCCACUGCCAUGUUUUAUCUGAACGAGACUGACAAUGCCUCCUCCAGGGAGAGUGUGAGAGAAGGAGGGGCAUCGGGGAUCCCAUUGGUAACCUUUCAUAGAGGAGACCAAUCAAAGGAGGAACAUGUAUAAUGUUUAGAAACAAGGAUGUUAUACUUAGAUUGAAUUAUUUUGUACAAAUUAGUAAUGAUCAUCCAAGGUCAUUUCUAUAGAAUGUUCAUGAAUUAUUAUUAAUGUAACUUAACAGCACACAUUUUUGCAAAAAUCAAGAGUGGUCAACACAUUCCUUUAAUCCGCUAGAUUUUUUUCUUUAGGUUUUGUCAUAAUUUAUUGUCUAAUAUUUAUAUCUUUGAUUCUACAACGCCUAGUAGGAUCAUCAAUUGCUAGGUCAUUGAUUUUAUACCAAAAAAUGACGAUCCCUAGAAUAAGAAUUAUUUUGAUUUGUCAGCAGACAAGAUGAACCAGUGUUAUUUAGCUAUAGAGGACAGUCCCUAGUUCCUUGUAGUGACAUACAUUUUAGUUUUCCUGUUACAGAUUUCAGAAUGAGAUGAUGAAAUAUCGAUAGAUAGAUAGAUCGUUAGAAUUGUUGGAGAGUAUAUGUAGAUUUUAUGCAUGUGUGUCAUGCUCAGGUUUCAUUAAUUUAAGGUUGAAAAACUUGGAGUUGAAAUCCAAUAUCUAGAAGGUUGGGUGUUAUAGAAAUUAUAUAUCAAUAUAAUGUUAUUUUCAUUACACUAUAAUUAAGAUCAGGUGAUAAUUUGUUUUAAAUGAUGCUUUUUUUAUUCUUAGCUUUGAAUAUUCAUGUCAAUCUCAUGAGCAGAGUUGCCGUUCGUUCCUCUCUCAGACAUCUCUGCAAUAUGGGCUAACGUUAAGAUUUUUUAGAUGAUUAAAAUGAUAUUCCAUGGAUCUAUUCCAAUCAUGAAUCAAAAUGAUGAAAAUUAUAGCUAAAUACACACACACACACAUAUUUGUUGUUUAUAUAAGUAAAAUGAAUGUAAGCCGCAACAAGUUUCAUUUUUCAUUCAGUUCAAUGAGAGUGAUGACAAGUUGUCUAGAUUUAUAAGGGUGCUGGCAAAGAGGAGGAAACUAAUAUCACAGAGUCUACAAUUUUUAUUAUUCUAGAGAUUUGAUAAAAGAAUAAUUUACAACCAAAAUAAAUGCGUUCAAGAACAUGUACCAAUCCAUGCAUCCAUUUUUUUUUGUUUGUAGCAUGUGUCCUUGAAAUUAUUUCAACCUAUAAAAUCCAUAUGUGGUCAAGUUGAACACAUAACAUUCAAAAUAAUGGCUUAUGUUCUCCAAAGGAUGGGAGCGUACCAAUGCCAGUAUUUCUGCAGUUCUGUGAUUGGGCUUUCUUAGUUCAUGUUUUAAACUUGAAAAUUUAGUGAACUUGUACUCUCUAGAUUUUUGGUAACUUGAUAUACAUAACAUUUAUUCUGUUUUAUUAGGAUUGAUGUAUCUGUGCAGAGGACUGAAAAUUUACUAUUAAACUUUAUACAAUGAA